CAGCUCUUCCAAACCCUAACCCACAUUGACAUUGAGUGCAGGAUCGCAGCGGGCAGUGGUUGUGAAACGGCACUCUGGUAGACAGAUAGGGGUGACGGGACGAGCAGCUCUUCCCCGGCAGAAUGGCUCGCAUGAUGGGGCUGCUCUCGGCAGCGGUCUGGCCCCUGGGGCUCGGGUCCCGGUGCUUCGCGGCCGGCCGGUCCGCCGUCGCGGCGGGGGUACUUUCGUCGCCGGGCAGCCGCAGGAUAUUUUCCCUGGACAGACUAAAAAGCUUUGGAUUCUGUGAAAAAAAUGCUUCAUUCCACCGACGACUUUGUUUGAAACCACCAAAAGGUUUUGAUAAGUACUUUCCAAAGAAUGAGAAAACGCCUGGGAGAGACAGAGCUGGCAAGACUAAAGAGGGGAAGGCCAAGGAGGCGGAGUCUGGAGCAGGUGGCGGGGGAGGGGCCAGUGGUGGGGGAAAGAAGAGUGGGAGGAAGGAGGAGUCUAAUUGGUGGAGUCGGGUGCAGAAGGGUGAUUUCCCUUGGGAUGAGAAAGAUUUCCGGUACCUGGCCAUCGUCAUCGCAGGCUUUUCCUCUGGAUUCCUGUACUUUUAUUUCCGGGACACGGGCAAGGAGAUCAGCUGGAAGGACUUUGUCCAUUACUACCUGGCCCGAGGACUGGUGGACCGUCUGGAGGUUAUCAAUAAGCAGUUUGUCCGCGUCAUCCUGGCCCCAGGAUUGAGGUCGUCGGAGGUGAGCUACGUAUGGUUCAACAUCGGCAGCGUGGACACCUUCGAGCGGAACCUGGAGUCGGCUCAGCAGGAGAUGGGCAUGGAGCCCUCUCACAGAGUGGCCGUGGUGUACAGCACCGAGAGCGACGGGUCUUUUCUCAUGAGCAUGAUCCCCACCUUGCUGCUGAUUGGCUUCUUGCUCUUCACCCUCCGGCGUGGACCAAUGGGAGCGGGACGUGGAGGUCGGGGGGGCGGGCUGUUCAGCAUGAGCGAGUCGACGGCGAAGAUGAUGAAGGACAACAUCAGUGUGAAGUUCAAGGAUGUGGCCGGCUGCGAGGAGGCGAAGAUAGAGAUCCUGGAGUUCGUCAACUUCCUGAAGAACCCCAAACAGUACCAGGACCUGGGUGCCAAAAUCCCAAAGGGCGCGAUACUGUCUGGGCCUCCGGGGACGGGCAAGACUCUGCUGGCCAAGGCCACAGCGGGCGAGGCCAACGUGCCCUUCAUCACCGUCAACGGCUCGGAGUUCCUGGAGAUGUUUGUGGGCGUGGGGCCUGCCAGGGUUCGAGACAUGUUUGCGAUGGCCCGUAAGAAUGCCCCCUGCAUCCUCUUCAUUGACGAGAUUGAUGCAGUGGGCAGGAAGAGGGGGCGGGGCAACUUCGGGGGGCAGAGCGAGCAGGAGAACACGCUGAACCAGCUGCUAGUGGAGAUGGAUGGUUUCAACUCCAGUACCAAUGUGGUGGUUUUGGCGGGGACCAACCGCCCAGAUAUCCUGGAUCCAGCCCUGAUGAGGCCAGGCCGUUUUGACCGGCAGAUUUACAUAGGCCCCCCGGACAUCAAGGGCAGGGCAUCGAUCUUUAAAGUCCACCUGCGGCCCCUGAAGCUGGAUGCCAGCAUCGACAGAGACGCUCUGGCCAGGAAACUGGCGGCUCUCACUCCGGGCUUCACUGGAGCUGAUAUUGCCAAUGUGUGCAACGAAGCGGCCCUGAUCGCUGCCAGGCAUUUAAACGAGUUUAUUAUUGAAAAGCACUUCGAGCAGGCCAUCGAACGCGUCAUUGGAGGGCUGGAGAAGAAGACGCAGGUGCUCCAGCCGGGGGAGAAGAAGACGGUGGCGUACCACGAGGCCGGACACGCCAUUGUGGGCUGGUUCCUGGAGCACGCCGACCCCCUUCUCAAGGUGUCCAUCAUCCCCCGCGGGAAGGGCCUGGGUUACGCCCAGUACCUGCCCAAGGAGCAGUACCUGUACACGCGGGAGCAGCUCUUCGACCGCAUGUGCAUGAUGCUGGGAGGCCGUGUGGCGGAGCAGCUCUUCUUCGGGAAGAUCACCACCGGGGCCCAGGACGACCUGAAGAAAGUCACGCAGUCCGCCUACGCGCAGAUUGUGCAGUUUGGCAUGAGUGAGAAGGUGGGCCAGGUGUCCUUUGACCUGCCGCGGCAGGGCGAGGUGGUGAUGGAGAAGCCAUACAGCGAGGCCACGGCACAGCUCAUUGACGAGGAGGUUCGUGGCCUCAUCAGCACCGCCUACGAGAGGACCCUGAGGCUGCUCACCGAGAGGAAGGAGCUCGUGGAGAAGGUGGGCAGGAGACUGCUGGAGAAGGAGGUGCUGGACAAGGCGGACAUGGUGGAGCUCCUGGGGCCUCGGCCGUUCACGGAGAAGUCCACCUACGAGGAGUUCGUGGAGGGGACGGGCAGCUUCGAGGAGGACACCAGCCUGCCUGACGGCCUGAAAGACUGGAACCAGGAGAGGGCCAGUCCGCAAGAAGAGCCUCCCCUGGCGCAGGAGAAGCAGGCCUUGUAGGGCAGCCCGGAUCUGAACCCAGGUAUGGCUGACAGCCCCUCAGGGCAGGGAUCACACCCACCAGGCUGCAGGAGGCCUGAAGAGGAGGUCUGGGACACUGAACAUGUUGAGGGCUGCCAGCGUUCCUCCAGUCAGGACCUCCCUUUCAGGUGACGGACCUUUUUAGGUUCAGGUUUUUUAAGAUGCCAGUUUUAUUACAGAAGCACUCCUGGAACUCUAUAAGGAGAGGACCGUUACCCAAACAAUGCCUUAACAGUCCCCUGCGCGUCUGACUAUUCUGUCCCCAGGGCGCAGUAAGCAGAGUGACAGAAUUGCGUCGGGCGCAUCAUCAAUGAGGAUCAGUAACAAGCCUGUGAAGUUGCUGUGCGAGUGCUGUAGUGACAUGGCAGCUACGUUUGUACGUCGUUCCUGUUCAUUUAUAUGAAAUCAUGUUUUGUGAGCGGUGCAAUAUAGAUCCCGUUCACCCUCGUUUGAUGACAUCAUGUUUUUACCGUCUUGGAAACUCAGAAAUGUAUACUUUCUUGACAACCUCUGUAAUGUACAGUUUUAAUUUAAAAAGAUUUUUGCAACGUCGGAGCUUUAUAAUUGUCAGCUGCAGUUAUCCAUAGAGCUAGAAGGUUUGUUUAGUUGUGCUAAGUGAGGUAGUUGACAGUUGCAGACCAUUACAAAUAUCUUAUCCUACCAGAAGGUCAAAUUGGUUUUUAAAUAUAAAUAUUAAAAGGUAUGCUGUUUGUG